GGGUGGAAAGCGGAGAAGACGAUAACGCAGCGACGCUUGUUUGUUUCGCCAUCGUUGGUGCAAUUUGAAAAUAGUUUUAGCAUCGAUUUAAAAACGCAAAAAGGCAGCACCGAACACAACCAGGUAUUCAAGCCAUACGGAAUGGCCAGACCAAAGGCGAAGGCGGCCGAGAAGGCCAAGCCAAAGGCGACGGGCGGAAGGAAGCGUCCGGUGGCCACCAAAAAGUCCAGCAAAGAUGGAGAGAAGGAGAACGAGGAUCAGGCGGUGGCGACCAGCUCCUCGGCAGCAUCGUCCUCCUCGAGCCCGGAAGUCAUGUACUCGAUAAUGCGGCAGGCGGAGCUCAAGGAGUCCCUGCACAAGCGCUACGUGAAGGAGAUGCAGCAACUGUACACAAAGAUGGGCCACGAUCACUUCCAGCAGGCCUUCAUCAAUGUCCUGAAGGCCGUCCUGGAGGCGGAGGAGGGCAACGAGAACGCCACCAUGGCGCUGAACUUCUGCGCCACCUUGGUCGCCACUCCGGAUGCGGAGCGCACGGAGCCCCUGCUGAACGAGACCUUCCGCUGGCUGCUCACGACCUAUUCCAGCAAUCCGCACAUCCGCUACCGCAUCUGCUACUUUGUGAAUCUCAUACUCAAGGAGCUGGGGCCCAAUGCCGCCCUGGAGGACAACCAGUGCGACGAUAUCCUCGACGCAAUGCUGGAUCGCGUCAAGGACGUGUCCGCCAGUGUGCGCAAACAGGCCGUGCUGGCCAUGCAGCGUCUCCAGAACCCGGACAAUCCCAACGAUCCCGUGGUGUGUGCCUACCAGUACCACCUGACCUCCGAUCCCUCGCCCAAUGUGCGCCAGUGCAUCAUAACGUGCAUGGGGCGCAACUACAUCACCAUUCCGCACAUCCUACAGCGCCUGUGGGACGUCGACGAGAAGGUGCGCCGCCACACGUACGUGAACAUGUGCAACUACCCAGUGCGCUCCUAUAAGGUGGCCCAGCGGCUCACCCUGCUGGAGCAGGGCUUGAACGACUCCUCGGCCUCCGUGCGCAAGACGGUGGUCAACUACAUGCUGAAGACGUGGAUCGAGUCGUACCAGCAGAACUACAUCGCCCUCACGGCGGCCCUCAAGCUGGACUCCAACGAGGAGGAGCUGCUGCGCUUCCGGCGCGUGGCCAAGCAAAUGCUGCGGGUGAUCUUCGAGCAGACGGACCACCAGAAGCUCAUCGAGCAGCUGCCGUUGAGCGACGACUGCGAGCUGCACCGCUGCAUUCCACACGAAUCACUGACCGUGGAGCUGCUGAUGUACUGGCAGUGCCUCAGCGAAUAUCUGGAGACGGAGGUGCCCGAAUCGGAGCCCGUGCUGCCGGAACUCAGUGUGUUCUGCAACUAUAUGGAUAAAUUCUGCCUGUUUCAAAAGCCCGACAUGGACAAGUUCGCCCAGGUGGAGUUCCAAAACAUGCUGCUCUCGCUGGUGGAGAUCCUACAGUCGUACGACCUGGGCGACGAGAUCGGGCGGGCCAACAUGCGAUUGCUGAUCUCGAACCUCCUGAAGGACUGCCUCCUGGACCACAAGAUCGUGUGCGUGCUGGUGCGCUGCAUGGAGCAACUGAUCGGCGACAUGAACGAUCGCAUGCAGUUCUUCAUUGAGAUCGUCUACGAGCUGUGCGAGCUGAACAACAAGCAGAACGAGCUGAUACACGACCGCAGUCUGAUCAAUAAGUUGCUGGACGACUUGGACACGCCGCAGAAGAUGAAGAUCUCCUCGCUGAAGGUCAAGAUCCUCGAGUUGGAGGAGCAGGAGGACAACUAUGUGCGCCAGAAGGAGUACAUACGUGCGCAGUCGGUGAACGAUGAGAAGACGGCCGUCACCGAGGAGUACACCGAGUUGAUUCGCCCUCUGCUGGAGCGGAACGGCGUGAUCGAGAUGCCCGCCCGCCCGAAGCUCUCCAAGCAGGAGCGUGUGCUGAAGGGCCUGUAUAUCUGCUACUACAUGACCGCCUCGCCGCACGUGGACAAGCUGACGCCGAGCCUUUGCCAGCUGUACAAGGACUUCAUAUGUCGCUAUCUGCCCUGCGCCGAGAUGGACAUCUUCGAGUGGGCCAUCAAAUGCGGCACCACCUACAGCAUGUUCUACGAGGCGUACUGCAAGGAGGUCUUCGAGGUGGUGGUGGACCAGUUCUGCAACAACAACGUCGUGCGGCUCUGCGAGACGGCGGCCAACUGCAUGCUGGAGCUACUCGAUCGCUACGGCGUGGACUACUUCAACGAACUCAACCAGACGGUGGGGUCAGUGUCGAAGACCAAGCGACGACAGCUGUACACGAUGCAGGAGCUCUACGACGACGACGAUGGCAACCAGUCGCAGAACAACGACCAGAAUUCCGAUAUCAUCAUGGUUUUGGGUCACUACGUGGAGCGGGUGCAGAACAAGGGCGUUGGCUUGGCCAUCGUUCGUGGGCUCUGCCGCCUGGUGCUCCGCGGCCAUCUGGACGAUCGCCCCGAUGUUCUGGAACAGCUGCUGAAGCGGUACUUCAACCCAAACACCGAGCCCAUUAUUAGCCAAGUGCUGGGCAUGUUCUUCGAAGAUUUGAGGCGCCUCAACAAACAGAGCCUCCUGCAGCCGUGCUUCCUGCCCACCAUUUGGACCAUUAUGAACUGCAGCUUUGAUUCGCCGCUUAACGGCGUUCAGCCCGAACACCUGACAAAGUUCUUCCUCGAAAUGACUGUGCAGGAGAUCAGCACACCACAAACGAAUAUCCACAACAAGAUGGCCAUAAGCUUUUUGCAAUACAUUCAGAACUACUUCACGGAGCGCAAGGAGAUGUGCCGUCUGCUGGCCAAGGAGCUUACGAAUCUAUCGGUAAACGUCUUCAACGGGACGGAGAUUAAGACUGAAAUGCUCGAGCUGGCUGACAAACUGAUAGCUAGCGAAUUGGAUCCCCGCAUGAUCAAAAACAUUCAGAACUUCAAGCUGCUGGUCGACGGCAGUUUCAAUCCGCCCCCGCGUCAAAAUCCCGGGGAAGGCGAAAGCGAUGAGGAGUGUGAAACAGCCACCGUGACCACUGCGGAGUCAGAAAGUGCAGGGCCACCAGCCAGCCGUCCGGUCACCGAAGAACCAACCCACGAGGUGGCCCAAACCACCGCCUCAGAAGCAGAAACUCAACAGAGCGAAGCAACUGCUGCAACUCCACGACCAGUCGAACCAGCAGCGCCAACACCUGAGCCCAUUGUGACUACCUAUGGGAAGGAUAACAUUGUCGGCAUACGUUACCUGCGUCGCUCCAUGGCCAUUAGCCAUUCGGAUGCCGAGAGCCUUUUGGGGCCGCAGACGCCCGAACCGGAGGAACACACUGAAACGGAGGCGGCAGAGACAUCCAGGCGGAAUUUGCGCCAGCCGCAGAUGAGACGACGCCUCGAAAUGGCGAUGGCCAGGUCGUCGAAGACACCGGAAAAGCAGCCCCCCGCGGAGGAGGAGGAAUCAUCCGACGAGGAGAUCUCCGAGAGUCCCACUGUAGUGGAUAGGUCAAAUGAUUCCGAGGUGAUCGAGGCAUCGCCCACAGCGGCCUCUCCUAGUCCGAAAAAUGCACCGGAUGCCAGCCAUCUACGCAUACGCUCGCUGCGCAACAGGAAGGCCGCAAACACUUCCACGUCGCAGUCCACACCCAACCCAGUUAGCAAACGAAAAGUCCUGCAUCUGGAAACGCCUCUAAGAAACGGACGGAAAAGAGUGCUGAGACGGACUCCCUCAGAUCCCAACUCCCGCUCCCUGCGAUCCGGCGACUCGACGGCUGUUUCUCCGCCACGCGACUCACCGCUGCGGAAGCAUCAACGCCUGGACAACAGGAGCUCCCGGCGACAGCAGAUGGCCAAGAACACGAAUAGUCCCACGGACAGCACAUCGUCGGUCAAGGAGAAUCAAGUGCCCCCCGCAAUUGUUAUUCAACCGGGCUCGGCUGUAUCUGAAUCUGAAUCCGAAAGUGAAGCAGAAGCAGAACAAAGGCGUACAAAGUCCAAGAAACCGAUCAACAAGUCGAUAUCUUCAAUCUCAUCCCGCCUCAGUAGCAGCACCCCAAAAGUUACCACGCGAAACGAGGCGCGCGCCCAGCGGAUCAACUCCAUGCGCAUGACCCGGAAACGGAUGUCUCUCGAAAUGAACCUCAGUGGCGGCCAGCUGCAGGUGUCCACACCGAAGCGCGUGACGAGGGCCGUGGCCUUGACCAUGAGCACGGACGGCAAGCGCGGCAGGCGGAAAUAGCGUCCGACUGGAGUCACCCUUAGUAAUUCCCGUUGUGUAUUCUGUGUUCGUUCGUUAGAGUUUAGUUGUGUUGCCCGUUCUUUGUGUAAAAUAUGUGUAAAUUAUAGAGUAGUUUAA